UGCGCUGAGUUCUGCUGCUGCUGCUGCUGCUGCUUCGUCAACAUGCUGAAGACCCGCCAGUGUCUACUCGGCAUCCGGACUUUCCUGGGUGUCACGUCCAGAAUAUGGGGCUUCUUCAUGUACAUCCUCAGAAGGCACCUGCGAACGAUCAUCCAGUAUCAAACCGUGCGCUACGACACCUUGCCUCUGUCGCCGAUCUCCAGAAAUAGACUGAACGCGGUCAAGAGGAAGAUUCUGGUGCUGGACCUGGACGAGACGUUGAUCCACUCACACCACGACGGGGUCCUGAGGCCCACGGUGAGGCCGGGAACACCGCCCGACUUCAUCCUCAAAGUGGUCAUCGACAAGCAUCCGGUGCGAUUCUUCGUACACAAACGGCCGCACGUGGACUUCUUUUUAGAAGUGGUGAGCCAGUGGUACGAGCUGGUGGUCUUCACGGCCAGCAUGGAAAUCUACGGGUCGGCGGUGGCGGACAAGUUGGAUAACAAUAGGAACGUCCUUCGACGUAGAUACUACAGGCAGCAUUGUACGUUGGAUUUAGGAAGUUAUAUCAAAGAUCUGUCGGUAGUCCACGACGACCUGUCCAGUAUCGUCAUCCUGGACAACUCGCCCGGCGCUUAUCGAAGCCAUCCGGAUAACGCGAUACCCAUCAAGUCGUGGUUCAGCGACCCCAGCGACACGGCACUUCUGAACCUGCUGCCUAUGCUGGAUGCGUUAAGAUUCACCGCCGACGUCCGCUCCGUCCUCAGUCGGAACCUCCACCAGCAUCGGCUGUGGUGAUCGGCCGAAAGGAGGGUAGCGCUGGAAAGACGGGCCGUCCGAGGGCGCGCUCGGGAUGAACACUUUGGGUGCCCGAUUUUUAGCCAUCCUAGUUCUUCUUGACUUGACACAAAAAAAAAUCCAAUCAAAUGGAGCAUCUCCGACGCCUUUCUUCACGCCCCCCCGAUGCCGAAAUGAAGAGUAAACCCGUUUUUACGAGUCGCUGAUCCUCUCUGAAUUUUGCCCCGUUUUCAACAAGAGGAUACAAAUCAAAUCUUCACUUGCAAGAACGCUGUCAUCUUUGGAUAUUUUUUCUUCUUCUUUGGUGGCUUUUCAAGCAAUGACCCAAAAUCGUGUAGAUAAAACAAUGGUUGCCGUCUUUUCAUUUCCGAAGACGCUCGCAGACUUCAAAUGGCACUUGAUUUGUAUUGCCCCGACUUCAGUUUUUCUCUCAUUUUGAUUGACGGCCCGCGACUCGACUGUAUGGAUCUUUCAAAAUGCCUUCUGAGACG